GCACGUUUUUCGCAUGGUAUAUGAGUAAUAUUUGUUAAAUGUCAGGUAGAUUUAUCAAACUAUGGAACUCACCUCUGCCCGAUCAACGUUUUAUGGUGACAUCGGCCACUGGGCUGAUCGCACGCCGGUACACGAGGCUGCGUCUCUAGGUCGAGCUCUGCAGUUAAAGCAACUGAUAGAGGCAGGAGCAUCAGUUAAUAUCGUGUCUGUGGAUAACUUCACCCCACUGCAUGAUGCCUGCAUCCAAGCCCAUCCAAACUGUGUUCAAAUACUGCUGGAGGCAGGAGCCCAGGUGGAUGUACGCACCAUCCAUGGCAGUACUCCCCUCUGUCAUGCCUGUGCUGCUGGAAACAUAGAAAGUGUCAAGCUGCUGGUGGAUCACGGAGCAUCAGUCAACCCUUCCCUGACUGCCCUCACAGCAUCCCCACUCCAUGAGGCCUGCAUACGAGGUGACGUAGACUGUGUGAAGCUUAUGAUAGACAAGGGAGCGCUACUGGAGGCCUUUGACAUUUACUUUGGGACGCCGUUACAUGCUGCCUGUGCUAAAGCUCACUUCGACUGUGCCCUGCUGCUGCUCAAUGCAGGUGCAAAGGUGAAUGCCACCAAGUUCCAUGAGACGGCACUGCAUCAUGCGGCGAGGGCCGAGAGAGUGGACCUGGUGGAGCUGCUGGUGGAGUUUGGUGGAGAUGUCAACAUAAGUGAUAACUUGGGUCACAAACCUAGAGAUUAUACAAAACCAGAAUCUCCUGCAAAUCUCUGCCUGCGGCACUAUGAGAGUAAUCCUCUGUCUCUACAGCAGCUGUGCCGUACCGUCCUGAGGACUGUGUUGGGCACCAGAGCUUUGGAACUGAUCCCUAAACUGGACAUUUCACAGCGCAUCAUUGAAUAUCUCAUUUAUAAAUCAUAAU